AACUACUCUCGUCUUGCUCUUUUGGUAGUUUCUCUUUAAUCCAUCUUGGAUUGAAGCAGCUUCGAAUCAUUGUAAUCUACACCAAAAACAUACUAAGCUCAUCUUUAAAGUCGCCCAAGAUAUCAAAUACAUUCAUGUCACUUUCAAUAAAUUAACAUAAAAAGGAAUUUUCUUUUUCUUCCAAUCCCUCGGAAAAGGAGAGGAAAAUCAACUGGGAGAGUGUGAAAAUCUAAUCGGAGUUUGAAUCUGAGAUUGUCAUCUGUUUUGUGUUAAAUCUCGUUGAUUUGUGUUUCUCCGGAGGAAUAGAAAAGUAUUGAGAGAGUGUGUAUGACUGCGUGUAAGAGGAAUCUCGUUAUGUGUGUUUCUAGUUAUAACAGAUGAUAGUGAAGAGAUUGCAUUUACUAAGGAGAUUGUGCCGAAUCCGUGAUGUUAUCGUUGUGAAACUGACUAUCAGAAAUCGAUCGGUGUGUUACUUUCAUUGUGAAUUCGGUCAAACAAGAUUUGUCGAGAAUGAACGGUGGCGAAGGAGCUGUGGCGAGUACGGCUGGAGGGCUGGAGCCUCUGGAGUGGAAAUUCUCUCAGGUUUUUGGCGAACGAAGUGCCGGGGAGGAAGUGCAGGAAGUUGAUAUUAUUUCUGCUAUUGAAUUUGAUAGAACUGGGGAUCACCUUGCAACUGGAGAUCGCGGAGGUCGGGUUGUUUUAUUUGAAAGAACAGAUAUAAGAGAUCAUGGUGGAAGUCGAAGAGAUCUCGAGAUGAUGGACUACUCGAUUAGUAGGCAUCCAGAGUUCCGCUAUAAAACAGAGUUUCAAAGCCAUGAGCCUGAAUUUGAUUAUCUUAAGAGCUUGGAAAUUGAGGAGAAAAUCAAUAAAAUUAGAUGGUGUCAGACAGCCAGUGGCGCCCUAUUUCUUCUUUCAUCUAACGACAAAACCAUCAAAUUUUGGAAGGUUCAAGAGAAGAAGGUUAAGAAAGUAUGUGACAUGAAUGUGGACCCUGUGAAAGCUGUGGGAAAUGUUCCUAUUGUUGGGUCAAGCACAUCCACCAGCUUGAAACCUUGUAUUGCGAAUGGAAAGUACACGGAGAAAUCCGUUGGUCAUUCAAGCUGUGAUUUUGAGUUUCCAUCUGGGGGUAUCCCUUCUUUGCGUUCGCCAACGGUAGUUGUAGUGACUAGUCAUGAGAUGAGCCUUGUGGCGAGGUGUCGAAGAAUAUAUUCCCAUGCCCAUGACUACCACAUUAAUUCCAUUUCUAAUAACAGUGACGGGGAGACUUUUAUAUCAGCUGACGAUUUACGAAUAAAUCUUUGGAACUUGGAUAUUAGCAGUCAGAGUUUUAAUAUUGUUGACGUGAAGCCUGCAAACAUGGAGGAUCUGACUGAGGUGAUAACUUCAGCAGAAUUUCACCCUACUCACUGUAACAUGUUAGCAUAUAGUAGUUCGAAGGGCUCAAUCAGUCUGAUUGAUAUGCGACAGUCGGCUCUGUGUGACAGUCAUAGCAAAUUGUUUGAGCAGCUGGAGAUGCCUGGCACAAGGUCCUUUUUCACAGAAAUAAUUGCGUCAGUUUCGGAUUUAAAGUUUGCUAAGGAUGGAAGGCAUAUACUUAGUCGUGACUACAUGACUCUCAAGUUGUGGGACAUAAAUAUGGAUUCUGGCCCGGUUGCAACUUUCCAGGUUCAUGAAUACUUGAGACCUAAGCUCUGUGACGUGUAUGAAAAUGAUUCUAUCUUUGACAAGUUUGAGUGUUGUCUUAGUGGAGAUGGACAUCGAGUGGCAACUGGUUCCUACAGCAAUCUGUUCCGCGUGUUUGGUUGUUCUGAAGGAAGCACAGAAGCAACGACAUUGGAAGCCAGUAAAAAUCCCAUGAGGAGGCAAGUCCAAACACCAUCAAGGCCUGCUAGAUCUCUGGGCAAUCUAUCUUGUGGUUUCAGACGAGGUGUGGAUAACUCUGGAGGUGAUUCAAACGGAAAUGCCUAUGAUUUCUCAACGAAGCUUCUACAUCUAGCAUGGCAUCCAACUGAAAAUGCACUCGCAUGUGCUGCCUCAAACAGCCUUUACAUGUACUAUUCUUAAGAUGAUGCUAGAAGGAAUUCGGUUUUUGCUUGGCAAUGCUCGAAUCAUUACCUCCAGUGAAGGUUUCUUAGCCUUUCUUCCUCGACAAGUGACAUGAAAGUUGUGCCAAUUAUCAGAAUCCCAGCGAACCAUUAGAAUUCUAGCACAUUUUAACACCAGGGUUCGAUGUUACUCUUGUUAAAUUAUGAAGGAAGACCUUAGCAUUUGCUACCAAGCAGGCAGUGCCUAACUGAUUUAUAUUCUUUCAUCAACGAAGACGUGAUUCGGCCCUUGUAUUAUUUUGUUUAGGUCAAAGAAGAGGCCGUCUUAGCUCCCCAACAAUUGGGAAAAAAAGUUUAUAAUCUGUGCUGCUGAGCUGCUACUCCUGGGACAAGUGGGGGUCUAAGACCUGGAUUUUUGAGGUGAGCUGUUUUGAUGCAUAAAUUCUCAUUGAUACCUAGGGCUUCAACAGUGUAUAAUUCAAAUUUAUAACCAUUCUUCUCUUGGAAAGUUUUCCCAUUAGUUUUGGUCUUUGCCACGGAAUUGGAUGUUGUGGUCUCUUUUAUUUUCUGGGAUGUUGUACUUGUCAUGCAAUUGCUACGAUCUCUUGUGAAGGUAAUUUAGUCGUUAAUAAACCUUAAAUCCUUGGUGUCAGUGUCAGCAUUGUAAUGAAGUCCUCCUGGGGACAUUUGAACCUGAGAACAAAGCUUUACGGUAUUCGGGUGGAAUCAAUAAACUAGUGUUGAGUCUUGUUCUAUGUACUAGUAUUAAGAACACUCUUAUAGUACUAUUUGCUGUCCUUUUUUC